AUGGCGAAAGCAGAGCAUGAACAGAAGCUUCAAGUGCUUGAUGCACUUGACAAGGCAAAAACUCAGCUCUACCAUUUCACGGCCAUCGUGAUUGCUGGAAUGGGCUUCUUCACAGAUGCCUACGAUCUCUUCAGCAUCUCCUUGGUCACUAAGCUUAUGGGUCGGAUCUAUUAUUACGUACCGGGUUCCCCCAAGCCCGGGACUCUCCCACCCGCAGUCUCAUCCUCCGUCACCGGUGUGGCCCUCGUCGGAACCCUAGUUGGCCAGCUCUUCUUCGGUUGGCUCGGAGACAAGUUGGGUCGUAAGAAGGUGUACGGUAUCACGCUUAUUCUCAUGGUUGUCUGUUCCCUGGCCUCGGGGCUUUCAUUCGGGAGCUCCCCCAAGGGAGUGAUGACCACCCUCUGUUUCUUCAGGUUCUGGCUAGGCUUUGGCAUCGGCGGGGACUAUCCUCUCUCCGCCACCAUCAUGUCCGAGUACGCCAACAAGAAGACUCGCGGGGCGUUCAUAGCCGCCGUGUUUGCCAUGCAAGGGUUCGGGAUCUUGUUCAGCGGGAUUGUUUCUCUCAUUGUCUCUGCUUCCUUCGAUCGUGCCUUUCCAUCCCCGACUUAUGCAGUCAGCCCACUCGCCUCAACAAGGCCCGAGUCGGACUACAUCUGGAGGAUAAUACUAAUGUUCGGCGCACUCCCCGCCGGGAUAACAUUCUACUGGAGGAUCAAGAUGCCCGAAACUGCGCGUUACACGGCCCUGGUGGCUCAUAAUGCUAAACAGGCGGCUGAGGACAUGAAGAGGGUGUUGAACACCGAGAUUGUAGCCGAGGAGGAGAAGGUUCAACAGAUCAUGAACGAUUCGUCCAAUAACUUUGGACUCUUCACCAAGCAAUUCCUUCGCCGUCACGGCCUCCACCUUCUAGGAACCACCUCCACUUGGUUCCUGCUCGACAUUGCCUUCUACAGCCAGAACCUCUUCCAAAAGGACAUCUUCAGCGCCAUCGGUUGGAUUCCCAAGGCGGCCACCAUGAAUGCCAUCCAAGAGGUGUAUCGUAUCGCCAGGGCCCAGACCCUAAUCGCGCUUUGUAGCACGGUCCCGGGCUAUUGGUUCACCGUAGCUUUGAUAGAUGUCAUCGGGAGGUUCACCAUUCAGUUGAUUGGUUUCUUCUUCAUGACCGUCUUCAUGUUUGCUCUCGCGUUCCCAUAUAACCAUUGGACGUUGCCAGAAAAUAGAAUUGGUUUUGUGGUGAUGUAUUCGUUGACCUUCUUUUUCGCCAAUUUCGGGCCCAACGCGACCACCUUCGUGGUCCCCGCCGAGAUCUUCCCGGCCCGAUUGAGAUCCACUUGUCACGGUAUAUCGGCGGCAGCAGGGAAGGCCGGAGCUAUCGUGGGGGUUUACGGAUUCUUGUACGCGGCGCAGUCAAAGGACAAGACCAAGACCGACGCAGGGUACCAACCGGGCAUCGGCGUGAAGAAUUCUCUCAUCAUUUUAGGUGUAAUAAACGCUCUUGGAUUCGUUCUCACUCUCUUGUGCGUGCCUGAGCCCAACGGUAAGUCUCUGGAGGAAAUGUCCCGUGAAAACGAAGUUGAAGGCAUCGAGAGAGUAGACCGCCAUCAAAGCUCGAGCUAG